AUGAAAGAGGUAGAUAGAGGUAAAACAGAAGGCAAAAAGAAGGGCAGAAUCUGCAUGAAGGUUGCUAGAGCUGAAGACCAAGAAGCAAGGAAAAAGUGGCUCAAACGAAAGGAGCUGCAUCAUUCAUAUGGCACCAAUGAUGCAGAUGAAGGAGUAGAAGAGGAUGACUCAGAUGACCCAAAUCCCAUUGCUGGUGCAGUAAAGGCUAUUACAGGAGCUGAACAAAAUUGCGGGACAUUGACUAUUGUAAGUGGGAAAAGUUGUCGAUGUAGGUCAAAAGAGCACAGCCGAACAUCACACUCCCUGUGUCCUUUAAAUCCAAAACACAAAGGAGACUGA